UCAUUCAUUCACCACUCCCCACCACAGGGUAAAAACAGUGACUGCUAAAAGCUCGAGUACGUUUAGGCUUUUAGAUUAUCAUCACUUUCCUUUGAAGUCUUGACGACAACCUUUGUCCGACUUGGUCUUCAUUCUCUCGAAAUCAUUAUUCCUUGAUCACGAGAACGUAAUAUUCUUGCAGCUCUCUUUAAUUGCUUGUCAAUUAAUUUUCGUCACGAUGUCUGCUGCUGCUCCUAUCUCCGGCGCUGUUGACCAGCUUGCCGCCGACCUUGGCAACACCUCUCUUAACGGUGGUGAUGCUAAGCCUGCCUCUAUCAACACUAAUGUUGCUUCCGACGCUCACGGCGAUGAGGGUGAUGCCGCUGCCGCCACCCCCAGCUCCGCUCAGACCCCUCACCCCGCCGCAUCUGCCUCCCUCUACGUUGGCGAGCUUGACCCCUCGGUCACUGAAGCAAUGCUCUUCGAGCUCUUCUCUCAGAUAGGUUCUGUUGCCUCUAUUCGCGUUUGCCGUGACGCUGUCACGCGUCGUUCCCUCGGAUAUGCCUACGUCAACUACAACACGACUGCCGAUGGCGAGCGAGCUCUUGAAGAGCUUAACUAUACCCAGAUCAAGGGCCGCCCGUGCCGCAUUAUGUGGUCUCAACGUGACCCCAACCUGCGCAAGAGUGGACAGGGUAACAUCUUUAUCAAGAACCUCGAUGCUGCUAUCGAUAACAAGGCCCUUCAUGAUACCUUCGCUGCUUUUGGUAACAUUCUAAGCUGCAAAGUUGCCCAGGACGAGAAUGGCAACUCGAAGGGAUACGGGUUUGUGCAUUACGAGACAGACGAGGCUGCAGCUCAAGCUAUCAAGCACGUUAAUGGAAUGCUGCUUAACGAGAAGAAGGUCUACGUCGGCCAUCACAUCCCCAAGAAGGAUCGUCAGAGCAAGUUCGAAGAGAUGAAGGCGAACUUCACCAACGUUUACGUCAAGAAUAUUUCACCUGACGUUACCGAUGAUGAAUUCCGAGAGCUUUUUGAGAAGUUUGGGGACGUCACUUCGUCCUCGUUGGCCCGCGACAAUGAAGGAAAGUCUCGUGGCUUUGGCUUCGUUAAUUUCACUACUCACGAAAGCGCAGCUAAGGCAGUCGAUGACCUGAACGGCAACGACUUCCACGGUCAGGAUUUGUAUGUCGGUCGUGCUCAGAAGAAGCAUGAGCGCGAGGAGGAGCUGCGUAAAUCCUACGAGGCCGCCCGUCAGGAGAAGGCCAGCAAGUACCAAGGCGUGAAUCUUUACAUCAAGAACCUUGAUGAUGAUGUCGACGACGACAAGUUGCGCCAGAUGUUCUCGGAGUUUGGCCCUAUUACCUCCGCAAAGGUCAUGCGUGAUUCUGCUACCGAAUCUGAUGACGACAAGGAUGGCAAGGAUAAAGAGAACCAGAAGGAGGAAGUCGACGAGACCAAGGAGGAAGGUGAAAAGAAGGAGAAGAAGUCGGACAAGAAGCUUGGCAAGAGCAAGGGCUUUGGAUUUGUGUGCUUUGCUAACCCUGACGACGCCACGAAGGCUGUGGGUGAUAUGAACCAGCGCAUGAUCAACAACAAGCCUCUAUACGUAGCACUAGCUCAGCGAAAGGACGUUCGGAAGAGCCAGCUUGAGGCUAGUAUCCAAGCUCGCAACCAGCUCCGGAUGCAGCAGGCUGCGGCGGCGGCUGGCAUGCCCCAACAGUACAUGCAACCCCCCGUCUACUAUCCCCCCGGUCAGCAGCCAGGUUUCCCUCCCCAGGGCGGUCGUGGUAUGCCCUUCCCCGGAAUGGGUAUGCCCGGUGCUCAGGGAGGCCGUCCUGGACAGUUCAACCCUAACGCUUACGGAGGUCCCCAAGGUGGACGUGGCGGGCCUAUCCCACAGCUGCCUCCAAACAUGUAUAUCCCCGGUCAAUUCCCGCCUGGCGCUCCGUACGCCCAACCCGGAACUCCUCAAUUCAUAGCCGCAAUGGCACAAGUGCAGCAGGCCACGAUUGGAGGUGGUCGAGGCGUACCGGCCGGUCGUGGACCGAUGCAAGGCAUGCCGGGCAACAUGGGCAUUCCGGGCGGACCAGGUGGUAUUCCUGGCUACCCCCCCAACGCUCGACAGGGUGGCCCCGCUGGUCGUGGUGGACAGAACCAGCGGAAUGGUCAGGGUGGUCAGUUCCCGCCUCAGGGUGGACGUGGUGCCCCUAACCAACAAGUGGGCGGUGCUCCGAACGUGCAGCCGCAACAGCAGCAGCAGGAUCUAACCCCGGCCUCGCUUCUUCAUUCGCAGCUGCAGGCUCAGUCUAACAACCCCCAGCAGCAGAAGCAGAUGCUAGGUGAACUCAUCUUCCCUAAGAUCCAAGCUAUCCAACCCGAUCUGGCAGGCAAGAUUACCGGUAUGCUUUUAGAGAUGGACAAUGCUGAGCUGGUUAAUCUGAUCGAGGAUAACGGCGCUCUCCAAUCCAAAGUUGAGGAAGCCAUGGCUGUUUACGACGAAUAUGUCAAGACUCAAGGCUCUAACGACGUCGAGGCUGGAAAGAACGAGGAAAAGGCCGAGGAAAAGGCAUAAGCAAAUACGCAGAUGUCCACACCCCGAAGAUUUCUUCGACGUACUAUUCCGCCGGUAUGGAUUCCUCGUAAUGUCCGGAUGAUUUAGAGCGUCGAUUCUUUUUUCACGACGGGAUUCGGAAAAGUUAUGAUUUUGAUGGUUCAACGUCCUGGCGCGGACGAUACGGUAUUGAUUUUCUUCAUUCCUUUUCGCAUCUUAUCCUUCAUGCCCUCUACGACCAUCAUGUCUUUUUACGUCGGAAUGGAUCUCUUCCUCCUCUAGGUGCUGCCGCAUCUAGCGUCCGGCUCAAGAGAUAUUCUUCUCGUACUAUUUGCAUGUAUUGAUAGACUAUUUG